AUGACAGAGGAUCCGCAAAGCAAGUAUUUCAGCCUCAACACCGGCGCCAAGAUCCCUGCAAUCGGAUUUGGCACAUGGAAGGCCGGGCCUGGUGAAGCUGCUGCUGCCGUCAAGUCGGCGUUUGAAGCGGGAUACAGGCAUUUUGAUUGCGCCCCUCUUUACGGAAACGAAGCAGAGAUCGGACAAGUAUUCAAAACAAUUGACGUCCCGAGAAAUGAAUUCUUCGUGACCACAAAACUCUGGUCAUCCGACCACCGUCGCAUUAUAUCUGCUUUGCAAAAAUCACUCGAUGACUUGUGCCUCGAUUAUGUUGACCUGUACCUCAUGCAUUGGCCCGUCACACUGCCUACUGCCUCCGCCGAGACGUACGGGAAAGAAGACCGGACAGUCCAUGAUCCAGAGUGGGACUUUACAGACACCUGGCGCGAGAUGGAGAAGCUUCUAGCGAGCGGCAAAGUGCGCGCUAUCGGUGUCGCAAAUUUUUCGACUGUGAAUCUCGAGAGACUUCUGAAGAGCUGCACGAUUGUUCCUGCCGUCAACCAGACCGAGAUCCAGCCCUUGCUUCCACAAAAGAAACUCAAUGCCCUUUGCGUGAAGAACGGGGUUCAUCAGACAGCAUUCGGUCCGUUAGGCGGUAGUGGAAGUACUCUUCACGAGAAUCCCGUUGUCAAUGACAUUGCGCAGAAGCGAGGCUGCAGCUCUGGCAAUGUGUUGCUGAGUUGGGGAGUGAAAAAGGGGUGGAGUGUCAUUCCAAAGAGCACAAACCCUGUAAGAAUCGCUGGUAAUCUUCAGCAAUGUUUCACGAUGAACGAUGAAGAGAUAUCACAGAUUGACGAGUUAGUCACGUCGCUUGGGGGCAAGAGGUUUAACCGGCCGAACUGGGGGACUGACAUUUUCCAUGAUGAUGCGGGGGCAAAUGUGCAAUAA